AACCGAAAAAAGGAUGAGCCUUUAUCUAGUAACAUGAAGGAAUUAGAGAGCACCAGUAGAGAAAAUAACUUGAAACAAAAUAAUGGAAGUCCUGGAGAAGAAAUAGCACAACUAAAACAUGAUGGAGAACAAGAACAUAAUUCAGGUUUCACUGAAGAGCUGUCAAAAACUGAUGAGCCUUUAUCAGAUACAUAUGUUGAUUCUGACUCAAAAGAAGUGAGUAAUGAAGAGAAAGCAGAAAAGAAAAAUAAAUUGGAAGAAACACAUGAUGGUGAUCUAAGCUUGCAGAGUGUGACCACAGUCCCAAACCACAAACCCAAAACCAGCUCAGAAGAAAGUGAAGCAGUUAGUGUUCAAGAACAAGAAGGGAUUAUGUCUUCAUUUGAAUUAGCAGCACAGUCUUCAAAAAGCAAUCAGGCAACAGCAGUGAAAAGUUUGCCUUCUUCACCAGAAUCAUCACUGUCACCAGCUCCAUCCACACAGACACAGCUCACAGAAGGAUCACAUUUCAUCACUAAUGGCUUCUGUUGAAACAAUUCAUGCCUGAGAUGUAUGGACCUGACCUAUGAAAAUAUGAGAAGAUAUUGUACAGUAUAUUUUAAAUCUAUGAAAUUCAUAGUUCUGAUGCUUUUGGCCACAGAGCAUCGUUUUAUCACUUCCUGGAAAAUGUUUAUUCCAAGAGAGCUUUAAAUGGCCCACAUGUACACUCAACAACCUUCAGAUUGUUCUCCUGAUACCAGCUUGCUGCUAUGAUUUCUGUGCACAUAAAAUCAAGGCUCUUCUUAAUGUGCAGCCU